GUACGAAGACAGAGGGGCUGUUAGCUAUGGCUGCUGUGCCCAUAGUUGAAGGAGUCUUUAUAUUUCUGACAGAAGACAGCUGCAAAAAAAAAAGGCGUAAGAAUUUUGAAGCUCUGUUCAAAUGUGUCCUUCAGAGUGGAUUGAAUAACUUGGUGAUAAACCACACGCUAAAGAACAACGUGGCUGGACAAACAUCUAUCCAGACCCUACCUAAUACAGAUCAAAAGUCGACCAGCGUAAAAAAAGACAACCACACACACAAAAAAAAAACAGUUAAGAUGUUGAAAUACCUGGGCAAAGAUGUUCUUCAUGGUGUUUUUAAUUAUUUGGCAAAACACGAUGUUCUGACAUUGAAGGAAGAGGAAAAGAAAAAAUAUUAUGAUGCCAAAAUUGAAGACAAGGCCCUGAUCUUGGUAGACUCUGUGAGAAAGAAUCGCGUGGCUCAUCAAAUGUUUACCCAAACACUUCUCAAUAUGGACCAAAAGAUCACCAGUGUAAAACCUCUUCUACAAAUCGAGGCUGGACCACCUGAGUCAGCAGAAUCUACAAAUACACUCAAACUUUGUCCUCAUGAAGAAUUCCUGAGACUGUGUAAAAAAAAACAUGAUGAGAUCUAUCCAAUAAAAAAGAGAGAGGACCGCAGACGCCUGGCUCUCAUCAUAUGCAAUACAAAGUUUGAUCAUCUGCCUGCAAGGAAUGGGGCUCACUUUGACAUCCUGGGAAUGAAAGGGCUGCUUCAGGGCCUGGGCUACACUGUGGUUGACAAAAAGAACCUCACAGCCAGGGAUAUGGAGUCAGCGCUGAGGGCAUUUGCUGCCAGACCAGAGCACCAGUCUUCCGAUAGCACGUUCUUGGUACUCAUGUCUCAUGGCAUCCUAGAGGGAAUCUGCGGAACUGCGCAUAAAAAGAAAAAACCUGAUGUGCUGCUUUAUGACACCAUCUUCCAGAUAUUCAACAGCCGCAACUGCGUCAGUCUAAAGGACAAACCCAAGGUCAUCAUUGUCCAGGCCUGCAGAGGUGAAAACCAUGGGGAACUCUGGGUCAGAGACUCUCCAGCAUCCUUGGCAGUCAUCUCUUCACACUCAUCUGAGAACCUGGAGGCAGAUUCUGUUUGCAAGAUCCACGUGGAGAAGGACUUCAUUGCUUUCUGUUCUUCAACACCACAUAACGUGUCCUGGAGAGACCGCACAAGGGGCUCCAUCUUCAUCACGGAACUCAUCACAUGCUUCCAGAAAUAUUCUUGCUGCUGCCACCUAAUGGAAAUAUUUCAGAAGGUACAGAAAUCAUUUGAAGUUCCAAAGGCUAAAGCCCAGAUGCCCACCAUAGAACGAGCAUCCUUGACAAGAGAUUUCUACCUCUUUCCUGGCAACUGAAAAUGAAACCACAGACAGCCCAGCUCUCCUCUGUCAACAUCAAAGAGCACCUUUACCAGUAUAGCUUGAUAUUCAACGUUUGGUAUUUCGAUAAAAGUAAAGACUGUAUCUUUUUA